AUGAUGCAGUAUGAUAAUGAUGUUGACCUCAGGCUAGACUCGCAUAUACCGUGGCCUUACUUCAUAGUGAGGGACCAAUCUGGAGUUAUCGUAGCUCCGAGUCUCGAUGUUGUUUGGGACAACAGCUACCAGUACAUCACAUCUCCUAUCCAAUCAGCUUUAAAAAGUGUUUUGUCCAAGAAAACGAAAGCAGCUAUUUGGAUUGUGAGCCAUUGUCCAACUAAUAGCGUCAGAGAAGAUUACUUGCAUAUUUUGCAAGAAAUUUUACUGUUCCUACCACCAGGCUCGUACAUAGACGCGAACAAACUUAACCAGUACAACUUGGCCGUGAUAAUACUUCAAGCGGUGGUAAACCAAACUAAUUACGAGCAAUAUUUCAAGUGGAGAAACCAUUACACUAUAUCUUCACCAACGAACGACUGUCAUCCUUUGUGCCACUUGUGUGCAGCACUUCAAACGAACUACGGCAAGAACGCACCAGUUAUAAAGAAAUUUAGAAAAUGGUGGAUGGGUAACGAUGGCAUGAAAUGGUGUUUAUCUGAUGCCUAUUGGAAAGAAACUUCAAAGGUCAACAUAGACGCUAAACAUCUGUACCGCCUCAUGUAUCAACGUGAAAGACCGAGUACAAACAAUUCAACAUUGGCAAAUACAAAAACGGGACCAUAG